AUGGACAUGCUGAGAGGGAGGGCUGUCCAGCAGUUGAGUCCUGCCUCUUGCCCUGUGGUUCUGCUGGGCUCUCCCCCAGGCCACAGGGAGCAGCCUGAUGAGAAGGAAAGUGGCAACGAGUAUAAAAAUGGAGCGUGGAUGUCUCACUGUUUUGAGAGGGGCGAGCCAUCUGCAGAGAGAACAAAACAGCUGGAAAAGGUAUCUCUAGCAUGUGCGAGAGAUGUUGACCUGAAAGCAUGUCAGGAAGCUUUGGAUGACUGCCGUCCACACCAAAGAGAUGAUCGGCUGGGACUGCAAGAGGAGGAGGAAGAGGAAGACAUAAAUCAGAGCAACUGCAACCAUGUAGAUUCCCUUCUCUCCUUAGAGGAAUAUUUACAGCUUCUGUCAUCGCAGAUGGAAAACAUGAUAGAGGUGAGUUUACUGGAAGAUAUACAAGUUGCUACUUCUGGAGACCCAUCAUCCUUACACCACAAUGUAAGUUGGACCCAGACACUUUGCCACUGUUUCGAUCCUCACGAUGCCAUGCUACUAAGAACAGACUACCCCACUCAAUCAAAUUCAGAAACAAGACAUUUACAAAAGCAAGAGUCUUUUCCUCAGUCAAGCUCUAAUAUCACAAAUCCAGAAUCACUGCUUCAUGGGUCAAAUUUGACAGGGCUGUUUUCAGCUGCUGACACCAGAAACCUAAUGGCCCACAAUGACAAUUUUGAUGAAAGUAAACUCAUAUCUUUGGCUUUGGAGGAAGGCUUUGAUCCUAUAGAAGUUUCUCAGCUCUUUGAAGAACCUGGCUUAGAUUUGGGACUAUCUUUAAAUUCAAGUCACAGCACUGCCACCUACUCAGUCAGCAGUGAAGGUGCUGUUGGGUACAGCAGUGAUGCUAAAUCUAUUUCUUCACAUGGCUUAGGAGCUGUUGGUGGCCAUAGCCAAGAACACAGUAAAUAUGUCCAUGUGGAAUAUCCAGGUGAUUCAGAGUGUUCCAGAGAAGCCACACUUCAGCAGUAUCUUCAUAACCACACUUAUGAUCAGCUGCCAAGUCAAGCAGCAUCCACUCCAGAGCAUCAGCAGCAGAUGUGGAUGGAGAAACCAAACGAAGUAAAGCAUAGGUGCCAUAAUUCUACUGAUGCAAACCUUGGCAGAACUGAACGCAGUGCAAAAGCUCUAAGAAUACCAUUUUCGGUAGAUGAAAUCGUGAGCAUGCCCGUUGACUCUUUCAACACCAUGCUAGCAAAGAACCAUCUGACAGAUACUCAGGUAUCGCUUCUACGUGACAUCAGACGAAGAGGAAAAAACAAAGUUGCUGCCCAAAAUUGUCGUAAACGUAAACUGAAUGCAAUUCUUAACUUGGAAGAAGAUGUAUGUAAUCUUCAAACACAAAAGGAGAACCUUAAAAAGGAGCACUCUCAGUGUAGCAGAUCAAUCAGCCGGAUGAAGCAGAAGUUAAAGAACUUGUACAGUGACAUUUUCAGUAGAUUGAGGGAUGACCAGGGUAGACCUGUUAACCCACGCCAGUAUGUCAUUCAUUGCAAUAGCGAUGGCAGUGUUUUCGUAAUACCCAAACACUUGGUCAAAUCAGAACAGAAGCAAAAUGAUGAAAAAGAGCAGAAACAAAACUAAGAUGGCUGAAGAUCACUUCGGUUUUAUUUUUCCUGAAAGAAUGAUGAGGAUAUUUGCGUGAAGACUGGAGGUCAGUAGUAUGAACAGAAAAGACUACAUUUGAGGAGGAAGACUGCAUGUUCAAGGGUCUGGCAAACUGGGCCAAUUGUGAUCUGUUAGAAAGUCUAUCAGCUGAGGCUUCUGGAUGAGGAAAUCUUUUUGUUUUAAUUAGAAUUAAAGGAGCUAGGCCAUCAGUAGAAGUGUAGUUAUAUAGGCCUAUGUAAAAGUAGGAAUUUAGUUUCUGGUGGUGGGGAUGGGGGAGAGAACAUCAGUGGGGGAAAAAAAAGCAAGCUUUAGAGCAAAGUUGCACAUGGAAGAAGAAUGUGUUUCAGUGUUGAGUACCUGAUUCUUCAUACACAAAGUGACCUUAUCUUACUAUUCCUUUUUAGCACUGAAAGAAAAAUUGUAGCUGAAGUUCAUCUUCACCUUAAAUUCACUGUGGAUUUAUGUAUUCCUAAGAGAUUUGUGCUUUGCAUUUAUUCAGAACUGUUCUGCUUUUCCUAGUUUUCCUUUGGGGAGAGAGGCCCAGGAAGGAGGCUAUUGCAUUUUUCCUCACUACUUUCACCAUCAUAGCUCCAAGCAAACAUAAUGUACCAAUUAAUUUUAGAACUCAUGUGGUCAAUCUGCAAAUAGAUUCUGAAAAAUAAUCAGUUAUCUGAUUCAAUAUUGUCUUACCUUCAUCCUCUGCAACUGAAUCAUUCUCAACUUUCUUCCAUGAAAAUGAGUGAUGGUGAAAGAAUUCUGUUCUCAGUCUGUGAUAUAUUUAUUUGUGUACCUUCCCUUUCCCCCCCCCCCAUUUAGAUACAUUCCUCAAGGAAAAGUACUAGAGUUUUUCUUUGUAGCUUUUUAAAACUGGUAGCUUAUAAGUAUCUUCAGUGUUAUGGAUUUAUUUUUUUUUAAGAUUUCCCCCAAAUCUUUAAAUUAAAUCAAAUUACUAUUUAUCUGUACUUGUCUUAAUGAGGUUACACUCUGAUAGCAGCUUUGAAUGAAGAGACAAGCUUUUAGGUUUGAGAUUUAUUUAUUUGUGCUAUGAAAAAGACGACAUUUUCUUCACUCGCAUACUUAUUCACAACAGCUUACCCUUUUCUAUUGUACAACCUGAACAGGGUCUGCAAAAAAGAUGGCCUAAAAGGCACGUAAUGAAUGAUAAGGAAGGUGUAAUGAAUGAUAAGGAAGUUAAGAGGCAUACAAGUUUGUAAGCUAUUAAAAUAAUUACCAAUAUUAUCAAUGAGAUAGCAACAAAUACUUUUUAUAUCUUUUAUAAACAAACCCCAUAAAACUGGUAUUUAAAAAU